GUUCGAGCUUGCUUGCAACGUUGGAGUUUCUGCUUUCAGCCUGGCUUGUGUGUAUCCAUUUCCCUUUUUGUGGCAUCUGCCCUUUUCUUCAGAGCAAACGCGUCUCUGUAAACGAGUAAAGUAACGGCAGGAAUCAUCUUCAUCAUCCCUUUUGCUUGUUUCGAGUGAGAACGCGCUCCAUCCGCUCCAACGAGAGCUGGAUAACGCAAAUGUUUCCUGAAAAUGUUGAGCUGUGAGUCGUCGCAAGCAAGCUUCUGAACCCGUUCAGUUUUAGGCGGGUAACAUGAGCACAUCUGUUCACAAGGUGGCCGAUUGUGUUGAUGCUUCUGUUCGCAUUUGUGUUUUCCAGGGACAAAACCAGCCAAGUGACAAAUAGCAGAAAAAGCCACUGACGCUGUUACCACGCCGCUCUUUCCCAGUUCUGUGAUGCAUCAGGACGACGGUUACCAGUGUUACCACGCCGUUCUUUCCCAGUUUUGUGGAUUCGUCGAAAACUUGUGGGACGCGCCGGACGAACGCCUGUUUGGCGGUGCAGCGGCGCUCAAACAACCCGAGGUAGCGCUACUCUUGCCGUUUUAACUCGAGUGGAAAUGGAAUCCCACCGGCCCGAAGUGUUCUCGAGCGCUUCCCAGAUGUCGCACCACGUACUCUCAAGGAUCAAUUAAUAAAUAAAGGAAAGAAAAAGAAAACUCGCUGUUUUGAUUUUUUGUGGACCCUGAUUAGUGCAACACAUGUCGCAUGAAGCAAUUCCGCCUUGACUUCUUUUAUGACAACUUUAGUUAUCCGAGGAUGGCAACUUUAGUUGUGAAGCAUGACAAAUUUCUACUCCCUCUGUUCCUAAAUAUUUGUCUUUCUAGAGAUUUUAACAAAUGACUACAUACGAAGCAAAAUGAGUGAACCUACACUCUAAAAUAUGUCUACAUACAUUCGUAUGUUGUAACCAUUUAAAAUGGCUAGAAAGACAAAUAUUUGGAAACGGAGGGAGUAUUUGAAUGACAAGUUUUAGUUUUUUUUUCGGAUGACAAUUUUAGUUGCAAAAACAUCAGGGCGGUGUUACUUCGUGCCACACGUGUGAUACUUAUCUUUUUUUUAACACAACACGGAUGCAGACGCUCACACAUGCCUCGCUGUGUUUUCGAAUGGAAACGCUGGUUCGAAUCAAAACUCUUUGCAGUGCCCAUAUAAUACCCGCCGAAGGCGUGCGACUCACAGAAAGUUGAUCUCUGUGUGUGGCCACGUAUCAUUCCUUCUUAUUUGCAGUGCUAAAGAAAAAUAUCCAUGACGAUGAGCUAGUUUCCCUAUAAAUACCCCGGCCGCCGCGCGUAUGGUUACCACGAUCCACUCCCCGUUCCCAUCUGCACACAACAGUGCCAGAGCUCCUCCUCUCAUUGCACCUGCGGUGCGCCGCGUCCAUGGCUCCCGCCGACCUUAGCUCGCGCGUCCACGCGGCCGCAGACGCCGCACCCAAGUCCCCCGCCGAGCCGAAGCAAGAAGAGAUCAGUCCCGCGGCGGCCGACGUGGAGGCGGGUGGCGGCAGCCCGGGCGGCGACGGCGUCAACUACGUAGCCCGCGCGCAGUGGCUCCGCGCGGCCGUCCUGGGCGCCAACGACGGCCUCGUCACCGUGGCCUCCCUCAUGAUCGGCGUCGGCGCCGUCAACGAGUCCAGGCGCGCGAUGCUCGUGUCGGGCGUCGCGGGGCUCGUGUCCGGCGCCUGCAGCAUGGCCAUCGGCGAGUUCGUGUCCGUGUACGCGCAGUACGACAUCGAGGUGGCCCAGAUCAAGCGCACCCGCCGCGACGACGGCGACGGAGGCAGCGGCGACAGGAGUAGCCUGCCGAGCCCGACGAUGGGGGCGGGGGCGUCGGCCCUGGCGUUCGCGACGGGCGCCGCGCUGCCGCUUCUGAGCGGCGGGUUCGUGCGGACGUGGGCGGGCAGGGUGGCGGCCGUGUGCGCGGCGAGCAGCGUCGGGCUCGCCGGCUUCGGCGUGCUGGGCGCGUACCUGGGCGGCGCGAGCGCGGUGCGGUCCGGGGCCCGGGUGCUCGUGGGAGGGUGGCUCGCCAUGGCCACCACCUACGGGGCGCUGAAGCUCUUCGGAGUGCACGGUGCUUAGGCGCGCGCAAAUUACGGGCAGUAUAUAUUUUGCCGCGGGAAUAACCGAGCCAAUGGAUUAUUAGAAAACACGACUAGCAGAGUAGCGCUAGGUCUGUUGGCGCUUUGCAUUACAUGUAGUACUCCGUAGUACUGGUAUAUUAUAUUGCUGCUAACGUAACGUGCAUGUGGCCGGUCGUACUACUACCAGCCAGGAGGUCGUAUAUUUGAACACAGAUUAUGAAGUUUGUUGUUGCUGGCCUAUGUAAAGAAUGUUGCAUGUCAUUCUGCAUUCGGAAAUGUCACAGCUUAAGUAUA